AUGGCCUCUUCUAAAGUGAUUACCCUGUUUCCCUCAUCACAUACCAACGCAUCUAUUUAUAGGAGCACUGCUGAUCAUUCCCAUCUUUCUCAUAGGAAAUUCAGCAUUCCUCGAGACCUAUCGGUCAAAGUGACUCGACGCAAAAGUGUAUCUUCGAACGUUAGUAAUGUUGCAGCGAUCGUAGCUGCAGCAAAGGAGGCUGGUGAUAACCCUUUGGCAAUGCCAAUUUCUACACGAAGAGCAACAAUGUCCAAAAAUGUCUCGAGGCCCGGCCCUAUGGGUAGCUUACCAUCUCCACCAUCGAGUCUGCCAACACAUAGAAUAAGGUUGAAUUUGAUGGCGAAGUUAGGGGGAGAGAGUGCAAUUGACGACGAUAACAAUGACGAGGAAAUGGAUGAGAACGAAGAAGACGAUCUUACAGAGAGCGGAAUGAGAGGAAUGCGUGAAGGAUCGCAGCUUUUGAAGGACGGCAAGAAGGCCAAUGCCAAUGAUCUCAGAUGGGAACAUACACCAGAAUGGUCUUAUACCUCGAAGUUAUUGAUCUCAAAGCAUCAACAAGUGCAGCUGCUAGAAGCGGCUUCCGUCCUUGUCGGAAUGAACCAAGAUGCCGCCGAUACCCCACCAGAUUCUGCAAAGGAUUUCCAAAGUGAUGAUCAAGAUUCUGCGUCUCCGGCGGCGUCUGGUUCGGAUGACCAUGAGAAUGAUCGUGCCAGCUCUGCGGAUACGUCACCGCCACCAGCAGAUAUGCGUCUCGCAUACGGUAGUGGUUCGUACAACAGACCAAAGAGGUACAUUGGGCAUAGCGCAUUAUAUGGACUGUCGGACAGGUUACCUUACGGUGGAAGCGUUCCAGCCACCUUUGGUCAUUCCUGUCAUCAAAGUCAUGAGCGUCGUCCCCCAUCCUCUGGCAUGAAUGGCAGUCAAGGAACUGAAGGAUUGACCGCAGGGAUCGAGUCACUUACUUGCGGCCUUGCAAGUCCUGGUACUCCCCGAAGUGGACCACUCAUUCCAGAAGACGCUCCUCCCGUACCUGAAAUUCCAGCGCAAUAUUUGACUGAUCUCUCGACGAGUUUCACUCCUAGCCUUCACCCAAGGCAGAGAGAAAGCUUUGCCAGGGAAAGCUAUACCAGAGGAAGCUACGACCGACAUCAGAUUCAUGGAUAUGAAGAUGUGCAAAUGGAGGAUGGCUAUGAUAGUGUUGCAGAUGAAGAUGAUUAUGAUCAGCAUUCCAGAUGUCGUUCUGAUGAAGACGAUGAUGGCGUUUUUGGACUCAUGGAGGAAUAA